CAUUACAGCAUCAUUCGAGAUCCUCUCUCGUACAUCCAACACUUGAAGCAAACUAAUCCACAUACAUUAUACCAACAUGUUCGCUCUCAAGUUGGUACUAGCUGCAGUGCUGGUGGUCGCAAGCGCCAGACAUCUACCACAGGACCACUCAACGUACGAACAAAUACAGCUCCUCGGGUUCGACGAAGAUGGACGGCCAGUGUUUGAGCACGAAGACCUGCUCCCAGACCUAGAGGAGUCCUACCAGCCACAGCACCUGGCGAGGACUCGCAGACAGGCGCAGGGCAGCGUCACCCUCAACUCCGACGGCGGCAUGGGCCUGGGCGCUAAGAUCCCGCUCGCACACAACGACAAGAAUGUGGUGAGCGCUAUCGGCUCCAUGGACUUCAACAACAAGCUGCAGCCUGCUUCCAAGGGCUUCGGUCUGGCUCUGGACAACGUCAACGGGCACGGACUGACGGUGAUGAAGGAAAGUAUCCCCGGGUUCGGGGACAGGCUGUCGGGCGCUGGCAAGCUGAACGUGUUCCACAACGACAACCACAACGUGGCCGUGACCGGCUCUGUCGCAAGGAACAUGCCCAGCAUCCCGAACGUGCCCAACUUCAACACUUACGGCGGGGGCGUCGACUACAUGUACAAGAACAAGGUGGGAGCGUCUCUGGGCAUGGCCAGUACUCCGUUCUUGGACCGCAAGGACUACUCCGCGAUGGGCAACCUGAACCUGUUCCGCAGCCCGACCACUACCGUGGACUUCAGCGGCGGCUUUAAGAAGUUCGAAUCUCCCUUCAUGAGCAGCGGCUGGAAGCCUAACUUCUCCUUUAAUCUUGGCAGGUCAUUCUAGAACGUUAUUCUAAGUAUUAUUAACAUAUCUCAUUUAAUUCCAUGUUGUGAAUUAAGAGAAAAAUCAUGUAAAUAAAUUUCAGUAUUCUUGAAUUUUAACAGCCUAUUCAGAAUUAAUUUAAAAAUAAACUUUAAAAAAUAA